AUGCAGGAUACAAUAUUUAGGCUUUUUUUUUUCCCCCUGUCUUUAGAUUGGACGGGUUUAGAUGAGGAUGAAGAUGCACAUGUCUGGGAAGACAAUUGGGAUGACGACAAUGUAGAAGAUGAUUUUUCCAAUCAGUUAAGAGCUGAAUUAGAAAAACAUGGAUACAAGAUGGAAACCUCAUAGUUUUUGCUAAAUAUGGAGUAGUUUAACAUUGAACUGUGGAUAGACUAUAUUGAGAAGAAGAAAAAUGAAACAAGAAGAAACAUUUAGUUCAUUAUCUGCUUGGAUUUAUUAUUGUUUUGUAUGAAAAAUAAAAUUUUUAAUCUU